AGACAGACCUACAACUUCUCGUCUUCGGUAUCAGAAACAGAGUCGGAAGAAAAACGUACAGAAGACAAAAAGCCAGACCAAGGAUCACCGUGUGAGGAAGACAGAAAAAUUAGGGUUUCUAGUGUAAGGGGGAAAGUGAACUUAUAAUUAGGGUUUUGAUAAGUUCUUCAAAGAAAGGAGAUGUACCUUGGUAAAUCGUUUAAGGAUUCUUUGAAAGUUCUUGAAGCAGAUAUUCAGCAUGCUAAUACACUGUUCAGGGCAUCGGACUUUCCUAGGGAUUAUGAUGGUGCAUGCCUUCAGAUGAGAAUGUCAUACAGCCCUGCAGCACACUUGUUUCUUUUUCUUGUACAAUGGACAGACUGCCACCUUGCAGGUGCUUUGGGGUUGCUAAGGAUUUUAAUUUAUAAGGUUUAUGUGGAUGGCACGACAACUAUGUCAACCCACGAAAGGAAAGCUAGUAUUCGGGAGUUCUAUGCUGUUAUUUUCCCCUCUUUAAUGCAACUGGAAAGAGGUAUUACUGAUACGGAAGAUGAGAAGCAAAAGGCAGUAUGUAUUGAAAGGUAUAGGAGAAGAAGCAGCGAAGAACAUAGUAAACUUUCGGAGAUGGAUGUUGAAAGAGAAGAAGAAUGUGGAAUUUGUAUGGAGAUGAACAGCAAGAUUGUAUUACCCAAUUGUAACCAUGCCAUGUGCAUUAAGUGCUACCGCGAAUGGUAUUCAAGAUCACAGUCAUGCCCAUUCUGUCGUGAUAGUCUGAAAGGAGUAAAUUCUGGUGAUCUUUGGAUCCUUACUGACAGCAGAGACAUAGUCGACAUGGAAACACUGACGAGGGAGAACCUUGAAAGGCUUUUUCUGUACAUAGAUAAGUUGCCUGAGAUCAUUCCAGAUUCUGUUUUCAAUAACUGCGAUUCACACGUAAAGUAAUUAAUGUUCUUGGUCAAAUGUAUCUUUAAUUAGCCGUCGGUUUUUGGUUUAUUACAACCAAAAAAUCUGCACCGUUUUAUUUUGGACAGAUAGAAGAGUAGUGUUUAAGUGUUUCUUUUUCCCAUUUCUAAACCAAAUUCUGCCUAAGUUAUCAAUGUAGUCAGACAUGAAAGAAAAGGUGAAGGGAAACCCACUUGGGUAAGGGGCCUGUAAAUUGUAAUUAGGGAACUUUGUACAUGUUUGUACAGUAGGAGAGUCUGUUUGCCUUGGGCUUUAUGGGCCUGCCCUAGUUUUUGAAUUGGAAAUUGGAAUAUGUCCUUGUGAGUACUCCCUCCGUAAAUUAGAUGUCGCUGUCUUUCUGUAACUCAAUAUCACUUUGACUUUCUUUCCAAGUACAAGUAAUCAGUGAA